AUGCCCAAAAGCAAGGAAACACCAAAAACACAAAAACAAGAAGGGAAAAGAGACAAAGAAGCUGUUGUACCAGAAGCUGAAAAGGAAAAAGAAGAGAAAGUUUUGGAAAAAGUUUUAGAGCCAGAAAAGGGAAAGGAAGAAGAGAAAGUUACUGUGCCUGUUGUUGAGGCUAAAGUAGAAAUUGAAUAUGAAAAACCACUUCCACCAGUUGCAGAGCCAGAAAAGCAACUAGAAGAAAAGCAAAUUAUUGUACCACAACCAGAAGUGGUUUUACUAGAUCAGGAAAAGAUUACACCAGCACCAACAGAGAUCACAAAGGAGGAAGAAAAACCUGAAUUGCCAGUACUUGCAGAGACUUUAAUACCAAAAGAACUUCCACCAAUAGAACCAAUAGUAUCUGAAAAAGAAGAGGAAAAGCUGGCAUUGGUGGUACCAAAAGAGCCAGUCAUAGAAGAAGAACAACUCCUGGAAGUAGAGAUAAAAGAAGAACCUGGAAAGGAACCUGAGCCAGAGCAAAGAGAAACAUUUGAAGAGGAACAUGCUAUUAUCGUGCCGGACAUAGUGCCUCCACCACCAGAACCCAUAAUGCAUGAUGAGCCAGAGCCAAAAGAAUUAAUUAAAGAAGAACCUGUUAAGCAACUUGAGUCCGAGCCAAGAGAAAUAAUUGAAGAAAUUGAAGAAGAGUUUUCAAAAGAGACUCCUGUACCAGAGAAAGUGACUCCACUUGUGAAAGAAGAGCAAACACCCUUAGAUAUAAAAACAGGGCAAACAAACGCUCUCCUAAGAAUAAUAGCUGCUCUCCACGACUUUCAAGAAGGAAUUGCCCGACUAGGGGGAGACUUGAAUCUUUCAUUGUAUCCAUUAUAUGAUAUUGCCCCAGAAACACCAGUGAAAAAACAUGACGAAGAGCCAGAAAAGCCUAAAAAAGAAAAAGUACCGUUGAAAACGCUGAAAAAAGAGAAACCCGAGCGAAAGACAGCAAAAACGCAAGUGAAAAAGGAAGAAAAGAAACCAAUAAAAGCAAAAGAAGAAAUAUCAAGGAAGAAACUAGAAGAUGUGGUAGAGCCAAAGAAAGAAAAGAAACCAGCAACAACAAAGAAAGAUAUUCCAGUUAAAAAACAUGAGGACCCAUCAGAACCUAAGAAAAAACGUGAACUGCCAGCUGUAUCUAAGAAAGAGACUCUUGUUAAAAAACGUGAAGAGCCAGUGGAACCCAAGAAAAAACGUGAAUUGCCAGCUGAAUCUAAGAAAGAUACUCCAGUUAAAAAACAUGAAGAGCCAGCAGAACCCAAGAAAAAAACUGACUUGCCAGAUAAAUCUAAAAAAGAGACUCUAGUUAAAAAACGUGUAGAGCCAGCGGAAUCCAAGAAAAAACGUGAACUGCCAGUUGAACCUAAGAAACAUACCCCAGUGAAAAAAACUGAAAAACCAGCAGAACCCAAGAAAAAGCAGGAAUUGGCAGCAGAAGCCAAGAAAGAGACUCCAUUGAAAAAACAUGAAAAAUCUGUAGAAACAAAGAAAAAAAAUGAAUUACCAGCAACACCCCAGAAAGAUAUCACAUUAAAAAAGCACGAAAAGCCAGCAGAACCCAAGAAGAAACCAAAAAUACUAGCAGAACCUAAGAAAGAGACCCCAGUGAAAAAGCAGGAAGAUCCAGCACAACCUAAGAAAACACAAGAAAAGCAAACAGAAACCCCCAAAAAGCAUGAAAAGUCAGCAGAACCCAAGGAAAAGCAUAAAAAGCUAGCAGAACCCAAGAAAAAGCAUGAAGAGUCAGAUAAACCCCCCAAAAAGCAGGAAAGACCAGCAGAAUCCAAGAAACAGCAUAUAGAACCAGCAGAACCCAAGAAAAAACAGGAAGAACCAGCUAAAUCCAAGGAAAAGCAUGCAGAGCCAGAACAAUCCAAGAAAAGACACGUAGAGCCAGGUCAAGUCAAGGAAAAACCUGUAGAGCAAGCAAAGCACAAGAAAGGGAAAAAAGAGCCUGAAGAACCCAAGAAGCAGCACGUAGAGCAUAAAGAACCGAAGAAGCAGCAGGUAGAGCCUAAAGAAUCCCUCAAAAAACAUAUAGAGGCAGCUGAACCCAACAAAUUGGAAGAGCACGUGGAACCGAAGAAAAAGCAUAGAGAGACAGAGAAAAUCAAGAAAAAACACGAAGAGUCAACAGUCACCACUAAAAAGCAUGUAGAGCCAGUAGAACCCAUGAAAAAGCAAGAAGAGCCAACAAAGCCCAAGAGAAAACAUGACGGAUUGCUAGAAUCUAAGAAAAAUCAGGUAGUGCCAACAGAAUCUAAAAAAACACAUGACAAACCACCAGAACUCAAAAAAGACCCAGAGGGGCCAGCAGAGCAAAAGACAAAACAUAAAGAGCAAAUAGCAGAAUCCAAAAAGAAACAUGAACAGCCAGAAGAACCAAAGAAAAAACAUGAAGAGCCAGUAGAACUCAAGAAAAAACAUGAAGAGGCAACAGUAACCAAGAAAAAGCAUGAAGAAAUGCCUGAACCCCCAAAAAAGCAUAAAGAGCCAGCAGAACCCGUGAUAAAACCUAAGGAGCAUACAGAACCUCAGAAAAAGCAUGAAGAGCCAUCUGAUUCCAAAGUAAAACAUAAAGAGACAAAAGAACCCAAGAAAAAGCAUAAAGGGCCAGAAGAACCAAAAGAAAAACACAAAGCGCAUGAGGAAUCCAAGAAAAAACAUGCAUUACCUACAGAAUCUAAGACAGAGGCUCUACUAAAAAAGCUUGAACUUCCAACAGAACCCAAGAAAAGACAUGAAUUGUUAGCAGAUCAUAAAAAAGCAGAGGCCCAAGAGAAAAAACUUAAAGAACCAACAGAAUCCAAGAAAACACCUGAUGAGUCAACAGAACCUAAGAAAAAACAGGAAGCACCAACAGAAUCUAAAAAAGACUCCCCAAUUAAAAAACAUGAAGAGCAAACAGAGCCCAGGGAAAAACAUGGAGAAUUAACAGAACCCAAGAAAACACUAGAAAAGCCAGCAACAUCUAAAAAAGGUACCCUAAUAAAAAAACAUGAGCCAACAGAGCCCAAGAAAAAAGUUGAAGAGCCAACAGAUCACAAGAAAAAACUUAACAAAUCAACAGAACCCAAGAAAAAAUAUGAAACACCGACAGAAUCCAAGGAAAAGCAUGAAGAGCCAACAGAACACAAGAAGAAAUAUAUAGAGACUGCAAAAUUGGAGAAAAAACAUGAAGAAUCAAUGGAACCAAAGAAGAAGCAUGAAGGCAUAUCAGAACCUAAGGAGAAGCAGGAAGAGCUCAUAGAAACCAAGAAAAAAGUUGAAGAGCCAAAAGAACGCAAGAAGCAACAUGAAAAGCCAACAGAACCUCAGAAGAAACAUGAAAAGCCAACAGAACUGCAGGAAAAACAUGAAAAGCCAACCGAACCACAAAAAAAGCAUGAAAAGCCAAAAGAACUGCAGGAAAAACAUGAGAAGCCAACAGAACUAAAAAAGAAACAUGAAGAACCAGCAGAACCUAAGAAAGCAAAUGAAGAGGCAACAAACCCCAAGAAAACACACCAAAAGCCCAGAGAAACCAAGAUAAAACAUGAAAAGAUAACAGAACCCAAGGAGAAAUAUGAAGAGCCAAAAGAACCCAAGAAGAAACAAGAAGGGCCAACAGAACCCAAAAAAACACAUGAAGAGAUAACAGAACCCAAUGAGAAACAUGACAAGUCAAAAGAACCCAAAAAGAAAUGUGAAGAGCCAAAAGAACUCAAGAAGAAAGAUGAAAGGCUAAAAGAACCCAAGAAGAAACAUGAAGAGCCAGUAGAACCUGUGAAAAAACACGACAAGCCAAUAGAAACCAAGAAAAAUGAUGAAGAGGCAGCAAAACCCAAUAAAGAACAUGAAAAGCAAAUAAAAACUGAGAAAAAACAUGGAGAGCCAACAGCAAUAAAUGAAAAACAGGAAGAGACAAAAGAAGCCAAAAAGGAACAUGAAGAGCCAGUAGAAGCCAAGAAAAAACAGGAAGAGCCAAAAAUAUCCAAGAAAACACAUGGUGAGCCAGCAGAACCUAAAAAGAAACAUGAAGAGCCAGUAGAACCCAAGAAAAAACAAGAAGAGACAAAAGUACUCAUGAAAACACAUACUGAACCAACAGAACUCAAGAAAAAACAUGUUGAACCAACAGAAACUAAAAAGAAAGAUGUAAAGCCAAUAGAACACAAGCAAAUACAUACUGAACCAACAGAAACUAAAAAGAAAGAUGUUAAAGCAUUAGAACACAAGCAAAUAAAUACUGAACCAACAGAACUCAAGAAAAAACAUGAUGAGCCAGCAGAACCUAAAAAGAAAAAUGUAGAGCCAGUCGAACCCCCAAAAAAACAAGAAGAGACAAAAGUGCCCAAGAAAACACAUACUGAACCAACAGGACUCAAGAAAGAACAUGUUGAGGCAGCAGAAACUAAAAGUGAACAUGAAAAGUCAAUAGUACCCAAACAAAAACACGAAAAGCCCACAAAAAUCAAGAAAAUUGAGCCAGCAGAACCUAGGAAGAAACAAGAAGAGUCAGUAGAACCCAAGAAAAAACAAGAAGAACCAAAAGUACCCACUAAAACACAUGAAGAGCCAACAGAAAUCAAGAAAAAAAUUGCUCAGCCUGCAGACUCUAAAAAGAAACAUGGAGAGCCAGUAGAACCCAAGAAAAAACAGGAAGAGAUAAAAGUACCAAAGAAAACCCAUGCAGAAUUAAAAGAACUCAAGAAAAAACAUGUUGAGCCAGCAGAAACUAAAAAGGAAUAUGAAAAGUCAAUAGAACACAAACAAAAACAUGAAGAGCCAACAGAAACCAAGAAAAAACAUGCUGAGGGGGCAGAACCUAAAAAGAAACACGAAGAGCCAGUAGAGCAAAAGAAAACACAAGAAGUACCCAAAAAACCCCAUGAAGAACUGACAGAAGUUAAGAAAAAACAUGCUGAGCCAGCCGAACCUAAAAGAGAACAUGAAAAGCCAUUACAACCAAAGAAAAAACAUGAAGAGCCAAUAGAACCCAAACAUCUUGAAGAUCAAAAAGAACAAAAGAAAACACACAAAGAGCCAACAAUAAGCAAAAAAAAAUAUGCUGAGCCAACAGAAUCUAAAAAGGGACAUGAAAAUCUAAUGGUACCCAAGGAAGAACAUGAAGAGCCAACAGAACCGAAACAAAAGCAUGAACAUGCAAAAGAACCCAAGAAAACACAUAAAGAUCCAACAGAAAGCAAUAAAAAACAUGCUGAGCCCGUAGAACCUAAAAAGGAAUAUGGAGAUCUAAAAGAUCUCAAGAAAACACACACAGAGUCAUUAGAAACUAAGAAAAAACAUGAUGUGUCAGCAGAAAUGAAAAAGAAACAUAUAGAGUCAACAGAGUCGGAGGAAAAACAAGAAGAACCAAAAGUACCCAAGAAAACACAUGAAGAACCAACAGAACUCAAGAAAAAGCAUGUUGAACAGGCAGAAACUAGAAAUGAAAAUAAAAAGCCAAUAAAACACAAGCAAAAACAUGAAGAGCCAACAGAAACCAAGAAAAAAUAUGCUGAGCCAGCAGAAACUAAAAAGAAACAUGAAAAGUCAAUAGAACCCAAGAAAAAACAAGAAGAGCCAACAGAACCCCAACAAAAAACUGAAGAUCCAAAAGAACACAAGAAAACACAAGAAGAACCAACUGAAAGAAAUAAAAAACAUGGAGAUCUAAAAGAUCUCAAGAAAACAGACACAGAGCCAUCACAAACAAAGGAAAAACAUGCUGAGCUGACAAAACCUAAGAAAAAACAUGAAGAGUCAGUAGAACCUAAGAAAACACAUGAAGAACCAACAGAACUCAAGAAAAAGCAUGUUGAACAGGCAGAAACUAGAAAGGACCAUGAAAAGCCAUUAGAACACAAGCAAAAACAUGAAGAGGCAACAGAAACCAAGAAAAAACAUGCUGAGCCAGUGGAAAUUAAAAGGAAACAUGAAAAGCUAAUAGAACUGAAGAAAAAACAAGAAGAGCCAACAGAACCCCAACAAAAACAGGAAGAGACAAAAGAACCCAAGCAAACACACGAAGAGCCAACAGAAACCAAGAAAAAACAUGCUGAGCCAGCAGAAACUAAAAAGGAACAUGAAAAGUCAAUAGAACCCAAGAAAAAACUGGGAGAUCCAACAGAACCCAAACAAAAACAGGAAGAGACAAACAAACCCAAGAAAACAGAACCUAAAAAGGAACAUAGAGAGCCAACAGAUCUUAAGAAAACAAACACAGAACCAUCAGAAACUAAGAAAGAACAUGAUGAACCCAAGAAAAAAGAAGAAGGGACAAAAGUACCUAAGAGAACAUUUGAAGAACCAACAGUACUCAAGAAAAAACAUGUUGAACAGACAGAAACUAAAAAGGACAAUGAAAAGCCAAUAGAACAAAAGCAAAAACAUGAAGAGCCAACAGAAACCAAGAAAAUACCUACUGAGUCAGUAGAAACUAAAAAGGAACAUGAAAAGCCAAUAGAACCCAAGAAAAAACAAGAGGAGCCAGCAGAACCCCCCAAAAAACAGAUAGAGACAAAAGAACCCAAUAAAACACACGAAGAGCCAUCAGAAACAAAGAAAAAACAUGAUGAGCCAACAGAACCAAAGAAACAUGAAGAGUCAGUAGAAUCCAAGAAAAAACAAGAAGAGACAAAAAUACCUAAGAAAACAUUUGAAGAACCAACAGUACUCAAGAAAAAACAUGUUGAACAGACAGAAACUAAAAAGGACCAUGAAAAGCCAAUAGAACACAAGCAAAAACAUGAAGAGCCAACAGAAACCAAGAAAAAACAUGCUGAACCAGCAGAAGCUAAAAAGGAACAUGAAAAGCCAAUAGAAACCAAGAAAAAACAAGAGGAGCCAGCAGAACCCCCCAAAAAACAGGUAGAGACAAAAGAACCCAAGAAAACACAGGAAGAGCCAACAGAAACCAAGAAAAAACAUGCUGAGCCAGCAGAAACUAAAAAGGAACAUGAAAAGUCAAUAGAACCCAAGAAAAAACAAGAGCCAACAGAACCCCAACAAAAACAGGACGAGACGAACAAACCCAAGAAAACACCCGAAGAGCCAACAGAAAGAAAGAAAAAACAUGCUGAGCCAACAGAACCUAAAAAAGAACAUAGAGAGACAAUAGAUCUUAAGAAAACAGACACAGUGCCAUCAGAAACAAAGGAAAAACAUGCUGAGCCAACAACAACUAAAAAGAAACAUGAGUCAGUAGUACCUAAGAAAACACAUGAAGAACCAACAGAACUCAAGAAAAAACAGGUUGAGCAGGCAGAAACUAAAAAGCACCAUGAAAAGCCUUUACAACCCAUAGAAACACACAAAGAACCAAUAGAACCCAAGAAAAAACAUGAAGAACCAACAGAAAGUGAGAAAAAACAUGCUAAGCCAGCAGAACCUAAGAAGGAACACAGAGAGCCAAUAGAACUCAAGAAAACACAAACAGUGUCAACAGAAACAAAGAAGAAAUAUGAUGAGCCAGAAGAACCUAAAAAGAAGCAUGAAGAGAAAACAGAGCCCAAGAAAAAACAUGAAGAGACAAAAGAACCUAAGAAAACAUAUGAAGAACCAACAGAAUUUGAGAAAAAACAAGUUGAGCCAGCAAAACCUAUAAGGGAAAACGAGGAGCCAAUAAAACCCAAGAAAAUACAUUUUGAACAUAAAACUGAACAUAAAAAGCCAAUAGAACCCAAUGAAAAACAUGAGCCAACAGAACCCAAACCAAAACAUGAUGAGCCAAAAGAACCCAAGAAAACACACGAAGAACCAAAGAAGAAACAUGUUGAGCCAGCAGAACCUAAAAAGAUGCUGGAGGAGCCAGUGGAACUCAAGAAAAAACAUGAAGAGUCAACAGAACUGAAACAAAAACAUGAAGAGCAAGUAGAAACGAAGAAAAAACAUGAAGAGCCAAUAGAAUCCAAGCUAAAACCUGAAGAAUCCAAGAAAAAACAUGAAGAGAAAGAUGAUCUGAAGAAAAAAGAUCAACUACCCACAGAACUGAAGCAAGAGAAACCUGUGAAAAAACUUGAAGUGCCAACAGAACCCAAAAGAACACAUGAGAAACCUGCAAUACAUAAGAAAGAUACUCCUUUACAAAUUGAAGAACCCACAGAACCAAAGGAAAAACAUGAAGAGCCUUUAAAACCCCCAAAAGAAAUUCAAGAGAAAAAGGACAAAUCAAAAGAAUUGAAGAAAGAGGCUAUAAUGAAAAAAGAACAGGCUUUAAUAUCCAAGAAAGAAACACCAGAAAAAGAAUACAAAGAGCCAGCAGUGGCAAAGAAAGAAACAGCAGUACAGCAAGUAUCUGCAGAAAUAAAGAAAGAAACCCUGGAGACAACUGCCAAGAAAGACACAAAAGAAGAAUCUCCAGUGAAAACACAAGAAACAACCGAGAAAACUAAAGAAAUAACAGAGAAGAAACCUGAUAAAACACCAGAACCAAAGCAAGAAUCUUCAGCAGAAAAACAUGAAGAACUAAUAGGACCUAAGAAUGAAACAGUCCAAAAGCUUGAAAAAAAACCUCUGCAACUAAAGAAAGAAUUGCCAAUUGAAAAGUUUGAAAAGGAUCAAAAACAACCUAAAAAAGAAAAAAGAACGGAGUAUACUGGAAAGAUACCAGAGCAACCAAAAACGGAAAAAGAUAUUGUACAGAGUGAGAAGGCAGAAAAACAAGGCCAAGAAGUCUUGAAGACUGAAGAGGCUGUUCAUGAAGAAAAGCCAAGAAAGGAAAAAAUUAUUGAGAAUAAAGCAUCAAUGGAAGAUGAAGUUCUAAAAGAACAUAAAGAAAUCAUUCCUGAAAGGGAAGGUUCUCCAGACUUUGUUCAGAGUGCCUUGAGAGAUGCUUUCGGCAUUGUCAAUGAGUUUGGGGAAGAUGGCCUUCAUUAUUUGCAAGAUAUCCUCUAUGAUCAGUUUACUGCAGUUACUCAAUACACAGGAGGUUCUCCUGACUAUCUCCAGAGUGUCAUGAGAGAUGCUGUCAGCACUGUUAAUGAAUAUGGGGAAGGUUAUGUUCAUGUCCUUCAGAAUCUUUCCUAUAAUGGACUUUCUAUGCUAACACAAUUUGGAGGAGAUUGGGUUCACUUCUUCCAAGAUUUCAUCCAAGACAACCUUAAUACUCUUACUCAGCAUGGUGGAGAAUGGGCUCAGUAUUUCCAAAAUGUCUUUCAUGAUAUUUUUAAUAAAGUUACUCUGUAUGGAGAAGAUUGUGCUCAGUUCUUCGUGAAAAGCUUCUAUGAUGGUCUUAACAAACUUAGUCAGUUUGGACAAGGUCUUCUUCAGUACUUCCAGGACACAUUCUAUGACAAACUUGAUAAGAUAAAUCAGAUAAAGGAAGAACUUCUUCACUACUGCCAGGGUGUUUUCUAUGACAUUGUGAACUGGUUUAAUAAAUACAAAGAAGGCCUUCUUCACUACUUUCAGGGUCUUUUUGAUGAUGGACUCAACAAAUUCUAUCAGUUUAAAGAAGAUCUUCUUCAGCACAUUAAAAAUCUCUUCUAUGAUGGGCUCAACAAAAUUACUGAGUAUGGAGAAGGUCUUCUUCAAUACUUUCAGGGUCUUUUUGAUGAUGGACUCAGCAAAUUCUAUCAGUUUAAAGAAGAUACUUUUAACUUCUUCCAAAACCUCUUUUAUGGUGGGAUUGACAAAGCUUCAAAUUCCCUAACAGGAAUUUCUGAAUAUUUUCAAAGUCUCUUCUACGAUGGACUUGAAAGAUUUACUACAUUUAGUAAAGAUCUUCUUGACAGUUUACAAAAUUGGUUCUAUGAUGGACUUAAUGGGCUUAGGCAAUUGGGAGAAGAUCUUCUAACCUACUUCCAGAAUCUAUUCAACAAUGGAUUGCAAAAUUUUGGAUUUCCUUUCUUCUCCACCCCAGCCUACAGUCAGGAAGAGCAUUCAAGUCUGUCACGAUCAGAAGAGUCAAAGACGAGAGCACAUGGACAAUAAAUAAUAACAUCUGAUUGUGUGUUUACAAAUACAAUCCUUUUGAAUAUAAAGAAUUUACAAUGAGUGCUCAAGGAGCAGGUCAUGAGACAGAGAAGGAUUUUACAUCUGUAAGUGCCAUGAGUAUAAGAAAGGAGCACAAUAUGUAAGGAUGUGUCACAACAAGGGCAGACUGUCCUUCAUUAUUUGACAAUACAAAAAGCCAAGAUCUGAAGUUGCAAACUGCAAUGAAGCAUGUAUAUAUGUUUCUAUAUUUACCACUGUGUCAACAACCAGCACAGGGAAAAUGUGAGUCAAUGCAUCCAGUUUCCCUGUGUUAUCAGUAGUGGGCGGUAUGUGAUACUUCUCUGGGCAAACUGUAUGGUAAUUUACACAAAACAAGUAUAUAGCUUAGGUAAUGUCAAGUAACCGCUAGAACACUACAAAAGCAAAAAAUCAAGCUACCCAGGUUAUAUGGGUUGUGUGGUGGUUAAUAUUCACUAAAUGGUGCGAUGCUGUUGAACAGUAUAAAGCCCAUUCAUGAAAUGCUUGAAUUUUACUGUGUCUCAAAAACCAUGGGCACAUGUCUUAAAGGUCUCUUAUGCAGUAAACAGAUUUCCUAUGCCAAACCAACCUAUGUAAAACAGUAUAUAUUUUAGGUCUGUAUAUAGGCUACAGUUAUAUUGACCCUAUACGGAGAUUGUUUGCUGGGGGAAAUCGAUUAACUUAAAUUAUGUUGACCAUAAGAGGCCAAAAUCAUGCUGCUUAAAACUUUCAAUAUUUUGAAUGUAUCUAGAAAAUAGCUAUAAUUUUGCUAGAUAGUUCAAGAGUCGGUGAGAUCGGUAGAUCGAGUUCAAGAAUUGUACACAUGCCAUACUGUAUAUAUAAACCUAUACAUGGAAUGAGUUGCUAUAAAAGCAUUGCAUGGCAUGUCUUGCUAUUAAAGAGUUGCUUUGAAGUGGGGUCAUAGAGUAGUAGCUCAAGGAAGAGACUAGCUGAUGACCACUUCUAUUUUGCUUUUUGUGUGUAACAGUUUGCUGUUUAAAGUAUCAAUGUCUUACUUUUUUGAACACAUUUGUUGAUAUUUUUGUAUAUCAGUAGUGUAUAUUAAAUAUCCAGUAUAUGUUGCAAAAUUACUGUUUUCUUUUUUGGGAUCUACACUGGAAAAUGAAGUGUUACAUUUUACAAGGAUCCUACUGGAAACUGGUCCGAUUCCAUACAAUACUUGUUCUAUUCAGUAUACGCAGGGCUCACUCAUGUCUAUAGAUUAAGAAUCAGUGUGUUGGAAAAUCUAAUGCAAUAUAUGGUGUAUUAGUGUACAUUAGGAGGUGUCAUUAAUAAAUCAGAUUGAUGUGCCAUCACACUUAAUGUCUUAAAUUGUAAGCACUGUCAUGGAAACAUUGAGUUCACUGAUGCAUGCAUGUGCAUCUCUGGUGUUAGUUGAGUGCUUUAGUGAUGAAGGCAGUAGUAGUGUCACCAGCUGGGCCACAUUGAAUGAAACAUGAACAUUCAGUCAAGGGAACAAAUCUGUUCUCUGACAGCUGCUCUUUUCCAUAGACUCCCUGUAUAAUAAAGUGGGAGUACUCUAGAGUGUUUCAGACCUGAUGUGCAAUUCACACUAUUAUUACACAGUCCAAUUAGCAUGGGGUUUAAUUAUGUGAUUGUAGGAAACAUAGCUGACACCUUGUACAAGCCAAGACAUAGCAUUCCUUGUUUGGCCCUGUAGGCUGUAUCAGAAGAUAAUGCAGUCCAUAACUGGACUGGUAUGAUAACAGAAUGGAUACAAUGGCCCUUAUUUACUAAGAGUGUUGUGUAGGUUUCUUUGUGGGUUUUAAUUCCCUACAAUUUAUUUUCCACAGUAUUUACCAAGCUUUCCCUACAGUUUCUACUUUCCCUACACUUUGCUUUUUUUACACAUGCUAUGACCUGUAGGCUUUUCCUCAGCUGAAAUCCACCAUAUUUUCUGUGGAAACUUUAGUAAAUAUGUUGGGAUUUUGUGAAAAUGUAAGGAACACGCCCCUUUUAUGUGACCACACCUCCUUUUCCCGAUGGUCAUGCCCCUUUUUCGGGUUUUCUUAGCAAAAUAGAGAGUUAGUUGGGGUUUUUUCAAUUCAGGCGCAAAUUCAGGCGCAGACAGAAUUUCAGGCGCAUAUUCUGGCGCAGACAGAAUUUCAGGCCUACUGCGCCCGAAACUGGCGCACAACCCGACAAAACAUGUCGGGUUUGCAAUAGUAAAUGAGGGCCUAUAUGUACAAUUGGGGGGGAUUCUGUUAUAUAUCUUCAAAGAUCAUAUAUGUCUUCCUUAUUAUGAAACACGUGAGAAAGGACAACCACAAUAAAGAGGUCUGGUGCAAAUGUUUUUUUUUUUUAUAUAUAUAACCUACUAUAUUUGGUAGUGGGCUCCCCACAAUUUUUUUCUGCUAACUAUGCAAUUGAGAACAAUAGAAGUUACAAGUACAUUAAGAUCCCAGCUCUACUUGUCAUACUAGUUACUACAAAAGCAACACUUCACUGAGUUUAUGGUUUUUGUAAGCAGGAAUGGCUAUGCUAUACACAGAUAACUUCCAGAUGCCUUAUGAAAAUACAUUUCUGCCCUCAAACUGCCAGUGUUUCGGGGGAGUAGAACAAACUAGUGAAGUUAAAGGACUUAAAAUCCUUGCCAUGCAAAACAUUUUUAAAACAUCAGAGGUGGAAUUUAUCAAUGCUAAGGCCAGAAAACGGGAAUAAAAAGUAACAUUUUUGUGCAGGGCUCUCAAUAAUGUGCAACUUCACCCUCCGUGCAAAACUGUGCCCCCUUGGUGUUUGUGGCACAUGUUUUGCACAUUGGGGGGCUUGCACUAGAACUAUGCAACAUUUUCAGGAAAAAUAAGGUGAUAUCUUUUUUAUGAACUUGUUAAACAGUCAUUUAUGGAAUAAGUUCAGCUCUACAGUAUCUGUAUUGCAGUCCUUUAGUUUUUUGAGAAAGGUAGACAAAGACCGGCACUGGCGUCUAUGGUUUUAAACAGUCUCUAGCAGGCUCUGGCUAUCUGCCAUUCAGCGCUGCAGCAAAGCAACCAACUAGCUGGAACCAAACGAUGUGCUCAGUGCUCCAGAGCAUAUAGUGCAACAUACAUAAAUAAGAAAUAGAGAAUGAGGAGGCACUCACUGUUUCACAGUGCAGUG